AUGGUUAUAAAAUAUUUAACUAGAAAACUAUUCUCAACUCUUGCAAGUUCCCCUCCUGCAGUUGAAUAAACUUAGAAGUUCUUGUAGAUUGGCUAGACUACUCAUUAUCCCGUGAUGUAUAGAGAGGUUCAAGCUAUGGUAGAUGAUUUCAUUGCUCACAAUGAGAAAGAGAAACUUGACUUUCAGAUGCUAGACUGCACCUUUGGAGGUGGAAAUCACUCAGUGCCACUGCUAAGGAAGCAUCAAGCUUUGAAAAUUCUUGGAACUGAUUUAGAUAGUAAGACCUUGGAUGUUUGUAGAGUAUAAUAUUCUGACUUGAUAAAGGAGAAAAGACUUGCUUUGGAACAUAUGAAUUUUGUCAAUUCCUUUGGAGUUGAUCCAAGAGGUUCAUUCAAGUAGAGGUUCGGAGUAAAGGACAGAUAUGAUAUUGCUCUUCUUGAUCUUGGUUUUAGUAGCUAUUAAUUAGAAGAUACUGAAAGAGGUUUCAGUUAUAUUGGUCCUGAUGAAUAACCUCUAGAUAUGAGAUUUGAUCAUAACAGCGAGAAGUAAUCAAGUGCAGCUGAUAUUGUAAAUAAUGCUUCAGAGUUAGAGUUAUCGAGCAUAUUCAAGAAAUUUGGGGAUGAAAAGUACAGUUCAUAAUUAGCUAAGAAACUUAUUCAAUUCAGAUAGGGUAAAAUGAUCCUGACUACAGGCUAACUCAAGGAGGCAAUAAGAGAUGCUUUUCCAAAUUCAUCAAGAGAUGAAAAAAAUUAGACUAUCAAAAGAAUAUUUUAAGCAAUUAGAAUCUCAACUAAUUAUGAACUCCUUAAUCUGCAAACAUUUUUGGAGUAUGUUUAGAAAGGUAAAAUUAUGGACUAGAAUUCAAUGCUAAUGAUCAUUACUUUUCAUUCUCUUGAAGAAAAACUAGUAAGCUAAAGUUUUGUGAAAUGGAAGAAAUUUGAGAAGGGUAACUUUGGAACUAAAAAGCCUUUGAUUCCUUCAAAUGAAGAAGUCCAAGAAAAUUCCAGAAGCAAGUCUGCUAAAUUGUACACUUUCCUUUUUGAUUGA